CUUAAUUGUCGAUCGAGUUUACACAAUUCAAAAAUUCACAUUAAUUUUAAUCGAUGUUUGACCAUGGAUCACCAUGGAGCUGAUGCUCCAGAGGGUAACCUCCAUCACCACCAUCGCGGUUCCCACCAGGGAUCCCCGGAUCCUGCGCCCCCAAGUUCUCCGCAUGAAGGACAUCAUUCGCCUGGGAUGUCACAUCAUGGAGAUCAUGGAGGCGAUCACACGAAGCACGGAGAUCACGGGGAUCAUGGAGGAGGUGGAGGUCACGACAUGACCAUGUCGAUGUUCUUCCACACCGGCGAUUCGGAGACCAUUCUCUUCAAGUUCUGGCGCACUGAGUCCGCCAUGGCCCUGACCUUAUCCUGUCUGCUGAUUUUCCUGAUAGCCGUGCUCUACGAAGCUCUCAAAUUCUUUAGGGAGUGGCUUUUUGCCAGGAACAGGAGAAGAUUGGAGGGCGGCAGAGAUAAUUAUAAUCCGCCCAGGCGGUACAGAGAGGCCAACUACAACUACAACCAGCCGACAUAUCCGCCGAGGAAUCCUCAGCAGACUGGAACCCAGAUCUACGCCUAUCGUCCCAGAUCGCCAUCGAUGCCGCCGCUGCAGCACACAGGACAUGGUUCUCCGCCGGGCCAUUCCUCGCAUAUCCUGACGCCGCCGACCCAUCAUCACAUUCAGGAAAAUCCCAAUAUUUCCGCAGGAAGUCGGGGGUCCAGGGUGAAGGCAUUCUGCUCCUGGCUGCACCUCCUGCAGACCUUCCUGCACGUCCUGCAGGUCUUCAUAUCCUUCCUCCUCAUGCUCGUCUUCAUGACCUUCAACGUGUGGCUCUGCAUAGCUGUUUUGCUGGGCGCCGGCGUUGGUUACUACAUAUUCUGCGCCUUCAAAACCAACAUCCAGGAGCACUGCAACUGAA